AUUGAAAGUGAUAGACUCAUUGCUUACCAAAUAGCGAACCUUAUAUCAAAAGUAGACGGAUACAGCUAUAUAUAUCAUAAGCGUAAUGAGUUGCAAGAUGCACCUGAAAUUAAAGAAUAUAUUCAGCAAAACAAGCUCUUUACGGUUCCUCAAACCUAUCGCAAUAUAAAAGCCUUGCGCCUUAAUGGAUAUCUUCAUAUUACACAACAACAGGUUUAUUAUUGGUGCAAACAUUUGGGACUUAAUGAGUAUAAAAUGGCUGAAGAUCAAGUAGAGUCAGUAAUUAGAUAUCUUUCGCAGCAAGAGCAAAUAACUACAAUCGUCGUCGAUGCGACAUAUAAAAUGAACCGUCUGAGCUACUUAUUCUUAAAACCUGAACAAGAACAAAAACGCACAUCAGUACUUUCAAGCUGGUUCAAUUUAAUAAAAGAACGAGGAAUCAAUUAUGUCCAGACCCUUUUAACGGACAAGAAUUUUGCUCACAUUGCUUCUGCCCGAAAGACUUGGCCCCAAAUAAGAAUCCAACUAUGUUAUUGGCACGUUCUGCAUGCCGUAAAGAAAAAACUUACAAGUACCGGAAUUAUUUGCCCAAUGUAUUCUGCAAGCGAAGCGCACGCUAUUUGUUCUGUAAUCGAUCCCACUUGGGAACUAGAUUUGAAUAACGAUAUGAGGGAUAAGUUUACGUACAAUAAUGCAAGAUUGGAUUUAUUA